AUGGAGAGGGGGUGUGGGGAGACCCUCGGGCAUCGCUGGCCUGGGGGUGCGAGGAGCUGGGACCGGCACCACGGCAUCACCGGGCCAUCCUCACGUUCCCUGGAGGCACAGAGCGGCCUCCACACCACUGUGGGCAGAGAACAGGAGCAAACACUUUCUCAGGUGAAGGACUCGCAUGAAUCAGCCAUGAAUGUGAAUGAAGACACUGAUUCCAGGAGGCUUGGAGCCACUAACAAAGUCUGUUUGUAUUUCAUCAUCGCCACCCUGGGUGUGUUGCUUGUCUUUGCCUUGGCCACCAUCAUGGUCCUGGUCGUCCAGAGGACGGAAGCUGAUCCUGCCAUGGAGGGCAUCAAAAACCCCAUCAGGACAGGUAACACCUUUGAAGACUAUUUGAGGAUCCUACAGAGUGUUCCAGCAGCCAAUGGAACUGCUGCCUACAUGAGAGUGUCCAGGACAGUGAACAGCUCCAAGCUGAGCCUGGUGGAGAAGGGGAUCUGUGAGGGCAUCGAGUGCCAGAGCCCAGAGCUGGUGAUCAGGGAACACGGCCUCUACUUGAUCUUCUGCAACUUGAACUUUCACUUUCCCAACUGCUCCAAGAGCCCCAUCGACCUCAAGAUCGAGCUCCUGGUGAACAACAGGGUGGACAGGCAGACGUUGUCCACAUUCUGUGCCUCAGAAACGUGCCAGGACGAGACUUUUAAGACCUUGAUCCAGCUGCACUUGACACACCUGGAGAAGGAGGACAAAAUAUCAGUGACACUGAACCAUCCUGAGUUCCUGAAUGAUGUUUCUCUUCCCAAUGAAAACGUCCUUGGGGUCUUGAAGUACAACGAUGAAAUGUGA